ACAAUAUCAGAAGAGCAAACACAAGUAGAACCGGAACUGGACUUGGCAUAUUGCACCAAAGUAAAAGACUCUGGGGUGGGGGUGGGGAGAAUACAGGUCCAAGGAGGAUGACAGUGAGUUAUAUAUAAUGAAGUUAUAUGGAAAACUGGGAAAUGUUGUGCAUGUACAAACUAUUGUAUUUACUGUCGAAUGUAAAACAUUAAUUCCCCAAUAAAGACAUUUAAAAAAAAAAAAGAAAGAAAUAUUUUUCUGUGCCCUUUUAGGUGGCAUGAGGGACAGAAGCAGAAAAGAACUCUUAAUUGUUGGGGUCCAGUUAUCUCCACCCCACCAUCUUCCACUAGCCACAAGUUGGUUCACGUUACAGUUUUACCCACAGCAGGCUCAUUCUGUGAUAAAUCCAGGAAUUAUAAAGACAUUCUGACACACUGCAGCUAAAAGCCUAGCAACUAGAGUCCACUUCUUGCAUUAAUGGUUUGGAGGAUGCUGACAGCUGUGACAUUAAAGAAAUGGCCAGACACACGUCAAAGAGAUUGAUGUUUGGUACCAUACAUUCUUAGCAAUAUUCUGCUUCUACCCCUUGAAUUUUUGGCUUUUCUCCUACCUUGCUUUUUUUUUUUUUUUAAACCGAUUAGUAGUAGCUUUUCCAAUCUACCUGGUCUUGCCUGUUUAUAACAUCCUGGUCAUUAAGAGGGCUAUUUAAAUACUUGAAACGAGAAACAAAGAAACAAACCCUAAGGCUGAAACUUUAAUCCAGUGGGAGGGAUAGAAUUACUUCCCUUAGUAACAUGCUCCCCAUGCUCACCAGAGUCAGGAGCACCAGAAGUCCACAUGUGCUUGUAGUAAACACCACCUGGGCGGCAGGCACCCAGGGAGAGCCGGAGGGUGCCCUUGAUGUAUUGACAUGGCCAAGCAGAGCCGCCCUCAAUCGCAGAGCACCCAGAUGAUGCCCUCGUCGCCCAACCCUGCUGAGGCCUCCAUGGGCAUGACCUGCACCCAUUAGGAUGCCUGGGUGGUUCAAGAAGACGUGGUAUGGGCUGGCCUCCUUGCUCAGCCUCUCCUCCUUCCUCCUCCUCAUCACUGCCCUGGCUGUGCCCCACUGGCUGAGUGGGAAAAUCCUGUGUCAGACGGGAGUGGACCUGGUCAAUGCCACGGAUCCAGAGCUGGUCAAGUUCAUCGGGGACAUUUACUACGGGCUCUUCCAGGGGUGUAAGGUGCGGCAGUGCGGGCUCGGAGGCCGUCAGUCCCAUUUCACCAUCUUCCCGCAUGUGGUGAGGGAGCUGAAUGCAAGCCUACAUGUGACCAUCCUCUUGCUGCUUUUCCUGGCCUUGGCCCUGGCACUGGUCAGCAUGGGCUUCGCCAUUCUCAACAUGGUACAGGUGCCCUACAGGGCAGUCAACGGCCCCGGGGGCAUCUGCCUAUGGAACGUGCUUGCAGGUGGUGUGGUGGCUUUGGCCCUCGCCAGCUUCCUGGCUGCGGUGAAAUUUCACAACCUGACAGAGCGGAUCGCCAACUUCCAGGAGAAGCUCUUCCGCUUCGUGGUGGUGGAGGAGCGCUAUGAGGAGUCUUUCUGGAUCUGCGUGGCCAGCGCCUCGGCCCAUGCUGCCAGCCUGGUGGUGGUGGCCAUCAGCCAGAUCCCCCUCCCAGAGAUAAAGACCAAAAUCGAAGAGGCCACGGUCACAGCUGAGGACAUCCUGUACUGACCACCCACACCCACUCUCACCACCAAGAUCUCCCAGGUCAGUCCUGCUAGCUUCAUGGCCUCGAAAAUCUAUGUUCUUGGCAGAAUGAAGAAAAAGGUAGAAGACUGGUAGAGCACACCCCUUAUUUGCUGUUGUAGAUAAUGUCCAGUUAAAAUUAAUUGUCGGGGCAGGGCGGUGGCGCUUCUGGUUAAGUGCAUACACUACAGUGUGCAAGGACCUGGGUUCAAGCCCCUGGUCCCCACCUGCAGGGGGAAAGCUUCACAAGUGGUGAGGCAGGGCUGAAGGUGUCUCUCUGUCUCUCUCCCUCUCUAUCUCUCUCUCUCCCCUCUCAAUUUCUCUCUGUCUCUACCCAAUGAUAAAUAAAUAAAUAUUU